AUGGAGAGAAGACACUACCGGUUCUGCAUCAGUCCUACCACAACAUCCCUAUCCACCGAUGAUGAUGCCCAACCCUCCAGUUCAGAUGUCAUCUCCUCAGGGGUCCUUGUUCCACUCGCUUCAAGUGCUCAUCAUUUCGAGCUCAAUGUAAACUUGGAAACAAAUGCUAAAUAUGUAUUAAUGGGAUUAGUCAAAGAAAUAACCGCCGGUUAUGCAAUUACCCCUGAAAUCAGCACUGCUAGUUUCAAGGCAAAUUACAAAGUUAUAGUUCUUUAUGAUGCUGACAAGGCAGCAGAGAAUAUUCGUCACUUGAUAAAAUGGAUUAUGGACUGUCACUCGGAUUCUUGUAAAUUCAUACUCUGCUGUGAAGAUGACACAGAUAUCCUAGAAUCAGUAACCAAAAGCUGCAAAGUUAUAAAAUUAGAUGCCACAGUAACACAUGAAGUAAGUAUUCCUAUAAUUUGGUAG